AUGUUAAAAGCGAAAACUGCUGCAUUACUCCAGCUAGUAGAUUCAGGCGACGACGAAGAAGAAGACAUCUUAACCGAAGGGGCAGACCCUGCCGCAAAAAUGGCUCCGGGUAGGAAAACUCGCGGGACGGCUGCGAACCAAGAAGCCAACCCAACUCAGAAUGCGACGCGUCAAAUAAAUGGAAAGACGGCUGCUGCCGCUAAAGGUGCCGUCGCAACGAAACCCCCUGCGCGAAAAGCCUUAGCUGAUAAAUCAGCGAACGUACAAGAGAAAACCACACGAGGGAAAGGAAACAAACGACCUGCCGUAGAUGAGAUUGCGCCCGUAGCGGAGGAUGAACUAGAAGAAGGAUCGACGAUUAGUGACGCGAAACCUAAAGGCGCGAGGGGUCGACCGAGAGCCGCGAAGAUAGCGAAAAUAUCCAAAGACGACGAAAUAUCAACAAUAGAUCAAUCGGAAUCUGUUAUUCGACCAGUAGGUAGAAGAGGACGCAAACCGAAGACGAAUAUCGAUACAUUACCUGAGGAACCCGAAAUACCAGAAACCCAACCAGUCGAGAAUGAAAUUCCGGAGACGCAAGCGGUCGAGGCGACGGAAUUAAGCGUAGAAGAAUACGACCAAAUGGAGGAUCUGCCAUCUCACAAUGUCCACGGAUUAUCCUCUGUCCAACGCAUUCAGUCGCGGAACAUCUUUGGUAUAAACGAAAGAACAGUACCAGCAUCGGACUCUGAGCUUCAUGAACCAUCGAUGAGACGGCGAGUAGGGGAACUAAGCAGGAAGUAUGAAAACUUGGAAGCAAAAUACCGGGAUCUACGAGAGAUUGGGAUAAAGGAAGCAGAACGCAAUUACGACCGACUCAAAAAACAAUCGGAGGAGAGAGCUAAUACUGCAAAUCAACUCAUCGAGACUUUGAAAGCGCAGUUGUCGGCCCAAACUGAGUUAGCUAAAGAAGCACAACGUCUGAGACAACAGCUAGAGGCCAGUCAAGCUAAAGCCGAUCAAUUGCAAAGCAAAGUCGACGAUACCAGUGCCUCGUUAGCUGAGGCGAAGACGGAGGUCAAGACACUCACUACAAAGCUUGCUGCCGCCCGAUCAGCCGAAGCAACUGUCACUAAGAUUCCUGGUAGUGCUAUUAAAGGAUCAAGUGCAAACAACCGACUUCUGGCUAAUGCUGAGGCUGCAGCUCAAGUGGCGCAAAUGAAGGAAGACUUAUACGGAGACUUGACUGGCUUAAUCGUCCGUGGCGUCAAGCGGGAGGAAAGCGGUGAGACUUAUGAUUGUAUACAGACAGGUAGAAACGGGACUCUUCACUUCAAGCUAGUCGUGGGAGGCGAUGAUCUCACAGAGCCACUUGACGAGCCUCAAUUCAGAUACAUGCCUCAGUUAGACCCAAGUCGCGAUCAGGAUUUGAUCGAUAUAUUGCCCGACUAUCUCGUCGAGGAAAUCACUUUCCCUCAAUCACACGCUGCGCGGUUCUACGCGAGAGUAAUGAAGUCACUCACAGAGCGUCCAGAAUAUGAGUGA